GCAGUCGAGAAAGCUGGAGUCCCGGGUGAGUCACCCCUAGUGAUGAAUUUUAGGGUUCCUCCAACUCCAAGACUGCCACUCGAUUUUCAUCACCAAAGAUUCGUCUUCCGUGGACAUCGCUUUCCUCGAUGGUUCCAUCCGACUUUUCUUCUACGAAAAGUUUCGGUGCGUUCAUCAUCAUUUAGCGCGGCAAGCUCAACAAGCGGCGGCGGCGGCGGCAGCGGCAACGAAGGCAACGUUCUUUUGAUUCCUGGUGCGACAAUAGCAACACUUCUUAUGUUUGGUUUUCUGCAUGCUCGGCGCAUGUAUGACGACAGAAAGGUUCAAGACAUGAAGCAGAGAGGAAUAGAGCCGGAAUUUUCACCUGAUGCAAAGGCUGCUUUUUUGAGACUUUUACCUUUGCGUUCUAUUUCACGCCUAUGGGGAAACUUGACGAGUGUGGAAAUUCCAGCUUGGAGUCGACCUUUUAUCUACAAGGCAUGGGCUAGAGCAUUUCAUUGUGAUUUGGAUGAAGCAUCUUUGCCGUUGGAAAAAUAUGCUUCUCUUCAGGAUUUUUUUGUUCGCUCACUGAAAGAAGGUACACGACCUAUUGAUCCAGACCCGAAAUCUAUGGUUAGUCCUGUGGAUGGUAAAGUAUUGCGCCUUGGAGAGCUCAAAGGAACAGGUUGUAUGAUUGAACAAGUCAAAGGUUUCUCAUAUUCUGCUGUUUCACUUCUUGGUGCUAAUUCAACCAUUCAUGAAGCUGCAAAUGAGGAUGGAAAUAAGAAAUAUCCUCUGCAGAUAAGUGAAGAUUCAAGCAAGAAAUCUUGGUGGCAUGUAUCAUUUGCUUCUCCAAAAGUGCGCAAUCCUGUGACAAGCCCAAAGAAAGGCAUCUACUAUUGUGUGAUAUAUUUGAAUCCUGGAGACUAUCAUCGUGUCCACUCGCCAGUUGACUGGAAGAUUCUUUCACGUCGUCAUUUCUCAGGCCAUCUGUAUCCUACAAAUGAACGAGCUAUACGCACAAUCAGAAACUUGCACAUUGAGAAUGAAAGGGUUGUUCUUGAAGGUCAAUGGAAUGAAGGCUUUCUAGCAAUUGCUGCAAUAGGUGCUACAAAUGUUGGAUCAAUCAAACUCCUUAUUGAACCAGAGUUGAGGACAAACCAGCCAAAGACAAAGUUGUUUCCAUCAAGCUCACCAGAUGAGCGAGUAUAUGACCCUCCAGGAGUCGGCUUGACGGUCAAGAAAGGGGAAGAGAUAGCAGCAUUCAAUAUGGGUUCAACUGUGAUACUUGUUUUUCAAGCUCCAGUAUCAGAAUUAUCAGAAAGCAACUGCAUUUCAGAUUUUAAGUUUUCUGUUGGGGUUGGGGACAGGAUCAGGGUUGGAGAAGCUAUUGGGAGGUGGGGAAAUUGUUAGUGCAGUUAAUCUGUACGAAACUUUCUUGGGCUCACCAGUUAUAUUUCUUUCUGGUAUCAUAUUUAACGUAAUUUUUUUGAGGGGAAAUUGGAGUCGGAAGAUCAUUUGAAACAGAUUUUUAAUCAUAUUUGGUUUUAAUCAUUUGAAAUCAUCUAAUCAUCUAAUCAUACAUGUGCCUAAAGUAAGCUUGUAAUCAUCUAAUCAUAUUUUAACAUUAAAUUUUUAUUAGAAUUUAAAAUUGUAUAUGAUGGUUAUAUUUGUAUUUGACUCCUUGAUUUUGUUUACUUUGAAUAUUUAUUUGGUUA